GAAUUCGUCAAGGGCUGCCUUGAGUGAACCACUUAGUCGCUCAGUUACGCCCAAAUGGGUCACUAAUGAGCCGUCGGGCUUGGGAAAAUCUUGCUGAUGGCUCGAUUGUCUGUGCCAAUUCUAACGUAAAGAAACCACCGACGUUUUUCGGCUAUAAAAUUGUGGCGCAUCUUCAGCUGGAGCCACAGUUCAACAAGUUGCGCCUCUCAGUGAUCACAGACCAAGAAAAUAAUAAUCAAAGUGAAGAUGUUCAAAACUCUGUUCGUGUGGUGCGCGCUCUGUGUGGCUCUCGGCCAGGCUCGGCCCAGCUAUUUGCCCAGCUACGAGGCAAUCGAGUAUGCGCCCACUGUGCUGGGCUAUGAGCACUACGCGUUGCCUGCCGCCAUCUCGCAUCAGAGCUCGACGGUGGUGCACGAGAAGCGCCCGUACCUGCGACCCAUCUACGAGCACCACCCAACCACCUAUACAACCUAUGCGGGCAGCCCGUUGGGCUACAGCAGCGAGUGGUACAGUCCCGGCUGGAACGCUGGUGCGCUCAGCUACCCCAGCAUCUAUCUCAAGUAGAGGGUACACCCUGUACACCGCGUAUACCCUGUAAUAAAUAAGUUGGCUUGGAUUCGGA